AGAAAGGAGCCGCGGCCACUGCUCGCCCUACCUCUGCGCCCCGGGGCGGGCGCGCCGGUAAAAAUGGCGAAAUGGGGGUAGUCGGCGCUGGACCUGAAGCGAUGGGGCACGCAGGUGGGGCUGUUGUCGGAGCCCCCUGACGUGGGCGCCGGGCUUCUCUAGGUGAUUUGAUCUGGCGACCUCGGGCCGGCGCCUGAGGUCAGACUACGGAGCCCGCGGGUCGCCAACGGCCUCGCCGAGAGCCGGAGGCAAUGGAUGAACAGAGCGUGGAGAGCAUUGCUGAGGUUUUCCGAUGUUUCAUUUGUAUGGAGAAAUUGCGGGAUGCACGCCUGUGUCCUCAUUGCUCCAAGCUGUGUUGUUUCAGCUGUAUUAGGCGCUGGCUGACAGAGCAGAGAGCUCAAUGUCCUCAUUGCCGUGCUCCACUCCAGCUACGAGAACUAGUAAAUUGUCGUUGGGCAGAAGAAGUAACACAACAGCUUGAUACUCUUCAACUCUGCAGUCUCACCAAACAUGAAGAAAAUGAAAAGGACAAAUGUGAAAAUCACCAUGAAAAACUUAGUGUAUUUUGCUGGACUUGUAAGAAGUGUAUCUGCCAUCAGUGUGCACUUUGGGGAGGAAUGCAUGGCGGACAUACCUUUAAACCUUUGGCAGAAAUUUAUGAGCAACAUGUCACUAAAGUGAAUGAAGAGGUAGCCAAACUUCGUCGGCGUCUCAUGGAACUGAUCAGCUUAGUUCAAGAAGUGGAAAGGAACGUAGAAGCUGUAAGAAAUGCAAAAGAUGAGCGUGUUCGGGAAAUUAGGAAUGCAGUGGAGAUGAUGAUUGCACGGUUAGACACACAGCUGAAGAAUAAACUUAUAACACUGAUGGGUCAGAAGACAUCUCUAACCCAAGAAACAGAACUUUUGGAAUCCUUACUUCAGGAGGUGGAGCACCAGUUGCGGUCUUGUAGUAAGAGUGAGUUGAUAUCUAAGAGCUCAGAGAUCCUCAUGAUGUUUCAGCAAGUUCAUCGGAAGCCCAUGGCAUCUUUUGUUACCACUCCUGUUCCACCAGACUUUACCAGUGAAUUAGUGCCAUCUUAUGAUUCAGCUACUUUUGUUUUGGAGAAUUUCAGCACUUUGCGUCAGAGAGCAGAUCCUGUUUACAGUCCACCUCUUCAAGUUUCAGGACUUUGCUGGAGAUUAAAAGUUUACCCAGAUGGAAAUGGAGUUGUGCGAGGUUACUACUUAUCUGUGUUUCUGGAACUCUCAGCUGGCUUGCCUGAAACUUCUAAAUAUGAAUAUCGUGUAGAGAUGGUUCACCAGUCCUGUAAUGAUCCUACAAAAAAUAUCAUUCGAGAAUUUGCAUCUGACUUUGAAGUUGGAGAAUGCUGGGGCUAUAAUAGAUUUUUCCGUUUGGACUUGCUUGCAAAUGAAGGAUACUUGAAUCCACAAAAUGAUACCGUGAUUUUAAGGUUUCAGGUACGUUCACCAACUUUCUUUCAAAAAUCCCGGGACCAGCAUUGGUACAUUACUCAGUUGGAAGCUGCACAGACUAGUUAUAUCCAACAAAUAAACAACCUUAAAGAGAGACUUACUAUUGAGCUAUCUCGAACUCAGAAGUCAAGAGAUUUGUCACCACCAGAUAACCAUCUUAGCCCCCAAAAUGAUGAUGUUCCGGAGACACGAGCUAAGAAGUCUGCGUGCUCUGACAUGCUUCUUGAGGGUGGUCCUACUACAGCUUCUAUAAGAGAGGCCAAAGAGGAUGAAGAAGAGGAGGAGAAGAUUCAGAAUGAAGAUUAUCAUCACGAGCUUUCAGAUGGAGAUCUGGAUCUGGAUCUUGUUUAUGAGGAUGAAGUAAAUCAGCUAGAUGGCAGCAGUUCCUCUGCUAGUUCCACAGCAACAAGUAAUACGGAAGAAAAUGAUAUUGAUGAAGAAACUAUGUCUGGAGAAAAUGAUGUGGAAUAUAACAACAUGGAAUUAGAAGAGGGAGAACUCAUGGAAGAUGCAGCUGCAGGACCUGCAGGUAGUAACCAUGGCUAUGUGGGUUCCAGUAAUAGAAUAUCAAGAAGAACACAUUUAUGCUCUGCUGCUACCAGUAGUUUACUAGACAUUGAUCCAUUAAUUUUAAUACAUUUGUUGGACCUUAAGGACCGGAGCAGUAUAGAAAAUUUGUGGGGCUUACAACCUCGCCCACCUGCUUCACUUCUGCAGCCCACAGCAUCAUAUUCUCGAAAAGAUAAAGACCAAAGGAAGCAGCAGGCAAUGUGGCGAGUGCCCUCUGAUUUAAAGAUGUUAAAAAGACUCAAAACUCAAAUGGCCGAAGUUCGAUGUAUGAAAACUGAUGUAAAGAAUACACUUUCAGAAAUAAAAAGCAGCAUUGCCGCUUCUGGAGACAUGCAGACAAGCCUUUUUUCUGCUGACCAGGCAGCUCUGGCUGCAUGUGGAACUGAAAACUCUGGCAGAUUACAGGAUUUGGGAAUGGAACUCCUGGCAAAGUCAUCAGUUGCCAGUUGUUAUAUACGAAACUCCACAAAUAAGAAGAGUAAUUCGCCCAAGCCAGCUCGAUCCAGUGUAGCAGGUAGUCUAUCACUUCGAAGAGCAGUGGACCCUGGAGAGAGUAGUCGUUCAAAGGGAGACUGUCAGACUCUGUCUGAAGAGUGUAAAAUCCUGUACAAGUGUCUGCAGCUCUUAGCCAUGAUCCUCAUUUUGCAGUUGAUUUUAUCUGCCAGACUGGUUCAUGUGGAUGCUUUACAUAAAAAUACCAAGUUGUUUUCUUCUUUGAGGGCUAAUGCUAAAGGAGGUCAUCUGGAAGGACUGCAGAUGACUGAUUCGGAAAAUAAUUCUGAAACUGGAGAGUUACAGCCUGUACUACCUGAAGGAGCUUCAGCUGCCCCUGAAGAAGGAAUGAGUAGCGACAGUGACAUUGAAUGUGACACUGAGAAUGAGGAGCAGGAAGAGCACACCAGCGUGGGCGGGUUUCACGACUCUUUCAUGGCCAUGACACAGCCCCCGGAUGAAGAUACACAUUCCAGUUUUCCUGAUGGUGAACAAAUAGGCCCUGAAGAUCUCAGCUUCAAUCCAGAUGAAAACAGUGGAAGGUAAUUGCCAAAUCAAGAGAACUGACUUGCAGGCUACCUUGACCCUGAAUUUUGCUGUAGUUGGUGCUCAAAUUUGUCAUCAGUCAGAUAAUCAGAUUUGGUCUUAUUUUUUCAUUAUCUCGACCUGAAAUAGUAAUUUGGAAACUGUUGGAAGGUGGCACAGUUUAGUCUAAGACAGCAGUAGCACAUGGCAAAAACAGUAUGGGAAGAGUUCUUUGUAAUGUGAGGAAAUAGCAAUGUAGUUCUCUAUUAAUUUAGCAAAUUUGUACGUUCACAAAAGGCAGUUUGUCUAUUACAACAGAAGGCUGAUUAACUGCCAGAAAAUGUACCUCUAGGCCCUGCAUGCCGUCAGUAACCUGCCUGGCAUUGGUGCUCUUCUGUCUUUGGCUAGAGCUUAAUUGUGUUUAAAUAAUCACCUUUAUAUUUGGGGUUUUAAUUACAGUUUAAUUACAGUUUCAUUAGUUCCUGUAGAUUAGUGAACAGAACAGUUGCUUAUGAAGAGAUUCUGCCCUGUAGACACUUUAUGUGAAUAACUGAAGUAACACUAGACUGAAUCUCCUUUUUGGAGUGUGUAUCUUCUCUCACUUGUUCAGGCACAGGCACACUGUUUAAUGGCAUGGAAUCUUUCUGUUGUGUGACUUCUGCACAUGUAAUUUUAAAUGAAUUAAGUUCACCUGGAUUCGUUAACGUUCCUGGACCUGUAGACACAUGUAAGAUUAUUUAAAAUCCUUUCAUUUUUUCUGCCUCUUACCAUACGACUAUAGUGCAGCAAAUAUUUUAAAGCCCCCUUCUUUAUUUUCAUUAGUUGUACAUUGAUUUCAGUGUCAGCACCUUUAAAGACUCAUUCAUGUUGCAUAGUGGCUUACAUGAAUGUGAAACUGUGGUAUAAGGUUUUCUUUCAUACUCAUAAUUAGCCCAAAACAGUUGCCACACUUUGCCAUUGUGCUCCUGCAUUUGUGUUUGAGUUGCUAUAUAUUUGUGAAAAUUACACUGAAAGUUGACUAAGAGACUAUUGAAAAAGCAUGAAUAAUUAAAUAUACAUGUGGGCAACAUCUCAUCUGCUGUAUUUUACUUAGUGAAUAUUGUUCACUAUUCCGUGUCUUAUGUCUUGCUGAAUGCUGUGACUCAUAGUUUACUUUUGUUCAAAAUAGUUUGCACUUUUUGUUAAUAAAAUCAACUUGAGAAAAUA